GAACACUGGAGUUUUGCAGGAACCUCCGACGUGUCAAACUGUCGCCAUUUUCCUGAGGAAGGAAACGCCUUGAGGGAACAAAACAUUUCAACUGAGUAUUUUUAUUUUAUUUUAUUUUUUUGUGCUUUUUUGCCUCCUGUCACCAGCCACUAUGGGGAAUAUGUUUGCAGGACUGUUCAAAAUGUUCGGGAAGAAGGAAAUGAGGAUACUCAUGGUGGGUCUGGAUGCUGCUGGAAAGACAACAAUUUUGUACAAGCUUAAACUUGGAGAGAUUGUGACUACCAUUCCCACAAUAGGUUUUAAUGUGGAGACGGUAGAGUACAAGAACAUCAGUUUCACAGUAUGGGAUGUUGGUGGUCAAGACAAAAUCAGACCGCUGUGGCGUCAUUACUUCCAAAAUACUCAGGGUCUCAUUUUUGUAGUGGACAGCAACGACAGAGAGCGGUGUGCAGAGGCUCGUGAAGAGCUCUUGAGAAUGUUGGCAGAGGAUGAGCUGCGUGAUGCCGUGCUGCUAGUGUUUGCCAACAAACAAGACCUCCCAAAUGCUAUGAAUGCAGCAGAGCUCACAGACAAGUUGAAUCUUCAUUCCCUGCGCAACCGACAGUGGUACAUCCAGGCAACCUGCGCCACCACUGGAGAUGGUCUCUAUGAAGGACUAGAUUGGUUGUCUAAUCAGCUCAAGAACCAUUAAUGAUUACAUUUUAAAAUCCAGUCUACUCCACCCAAUCUCUGACCUUGCUCUUUACUCUUAAGGUGUUGCUAAACUGAGUUAGCCUAUACUGAAAGCUGCUCUUAUGUCAGCUAUUAUUAUUAUUAUCACAAAUGUGCCGCCCAGUGGCAGGGGUGAGCUAUUCUUGGAAAUCAGUUUUAUUUUUUCUUAUUUUAUGUGAGUGUAAAUAAAUUUGGUAAUGGGGCAGCUUAUUGCAUGCUUUAAAAUCCUACUGUGGUGAUUUCUGGCUGUUGGGCAGCCAUGUGUGCAUUGAAUAGGAAAAAGAAGGCAGGGAAUUUACCAGCACAUAUUGGCCUGCGAAAUCAAUGCAGUUGAGGUCACACGUACUGUAAGGACUGAUUUAACGUUUUAUUAAAAAAAAAAAAAAAAAAGAGAGAAACACUGAUGCACUACUUGCAACUACUACUGGUAGCUUUUACCAGUAACUACAAGUACCAGCUCCUCAAAAUAAGUGUAAACACUGGCUUUGGCUAUGUACUGAUGUCACAUUGUCUGUGAACACUUACCAGCCUUUAAGUUGGUUUAAACUGAGACAUGUUGCCAUGACCUCACAUCUACCUGCUCUAGGAUAGCUGGGGGAGCCAGCCUGUUGAGUCUGCAUUAAUUUGAUUUGAUUUUCUUGUAUUUUAGCGUCUCAGGUUGAUUAUGUGUUGCCUUUGCACUGUACUUUUAGAAAAAAUUCAUGAUGUAGUCUGUUGAUCUUUAAGGGCAUACAUAUACUGGGUGUUGACAUCAUUCGGCUGCAAAGGAACUCUUAGCCCACUGAUUACUAUAGCCAUACAGUUUAAUUUGUUGUAAGGAGCUGCUUAGUGUCAUCACUAAAGGCUCUAGCCACAUAUGCCUUUUUAUUGAACUGAACCUGGGAAUUUGCAUUGUACUGCUUUGACAUUACUGCCAAUGUUUUCCUUUGCAGCACGCUGUUUUGGAGGUUAAACAGACAGUACACAGAAUGCCUUUUUUUUUUUAUUUAAGACGAUCACCUUUUUUCUUUCUUUUUUUUUCCAAGACUUAUUUGUAAAGGGUGUGGGUGUUUUUAAUUGUGGUUGCAUCUUUGGAUUUUUAGCUGCCUAAAUGUAAUAUUAAUCUCUUAAAGUUGUCUGUGUUCUUAUGUAAAGCUUCUGUUUUGUGAGGGGGAAAAAGCACUGUAAUUAAAGUGGAUACAAAAUGUUGAUGCAACUUAUUUUCAUUGUUUCACACCGUGUAAUAAAAUCUAAUUUUAUGCUGC